AAUGUGUUACAAUUGGAUACUUGAAAAUUGUAGUAUGAAAAAUUAUUUGACAGUUUUAGGAGAGUUCUGGAUUCUGAAUGCUGAGGCAGUGAUUCUUAUCCUUCACUAUGCAUAAGAAUCACCUGGGGAACUGGGUUACAACACACGUAGUCUGUUUCUUAUCUAGCAGGUCUGGGGUGGGGCCCAAGAAUUGCAUUUCUAGCCAUGCUGGCAGUGCUGCUGGUGCUGUGGGUCUGGAGACCACACUUGGAGAACCACUGGGCUAAAGUUUUGAGGAGGAAUAAAGAGAAUACUAUGAAAGAGGAUAUGGAGCUCAACGUGUGUCAGGAGAGAGAAUCCUCCUGUGUUCCCGGGGACAUUCCAGAAGUAAGAAGAACUGGUUUUGGAACCUAAAGAGAAAGGAAAUGCAUCAGUUAGCAAGGGAAAAGUAACAGAACCAUGGCUCAGUUUCCAACACCUUUUGGUGGCAGCCUGGAUAUCUGGGCCAUAACUGUGGAGGAAAGAGCGAAGCACGAUCAGCAGUUCCAUAGUUUAAAGCCAAUAUCUGGAUUUAUUACUGGUGAUCAAGCUAGAAACUUUUUUUUUCAAUCUGGGUUACCUCAACCUGUUUUAGCACAGAUAUGGGCACUAGCUGACACGAAUAACGAUGGAAGAAUGGAUCAAAUGGAGUUUUCCAUAGCUAUGAAACUUAUCAAACUGAAGCUGCAAGGCUAUCAGCUCCCCUCCGCACUUCCCCCUGUCAUGAAACAGCAACCAGUUGCUAUUUCUAGUGCACCAGCGUUUGGUAUAGGAGCUAUCACCAGCAUGCCACCGCUGACAGCUGUUGCUCCUGUGCCGAUGGGAUCCAUUCCGGUGGUUGGCAUGUCCCCGCCCCUCGUGUCUUCAGUCCCGACAGCAGCAGUGCCUCCCCUGGCCAACGGGGCCCCCCCUGUCAUGCAGCCUCUGCCUGCGUUCGCGCAUCCUGCAGCCACAUUGCCAAAGAGUUCUUCCUUUAGUAGAUCUGGUCCAGGGUCACAGUUAAACACUAAAUUACAGAAGGCACAGUCAUUUGACGUGGCUAGUGUCCCUCAAGUGGCAGAAUGGGCUGUUCCUCAGUCAUCGAGACUGAAAUACAGACAAUUAUUCAAUAGUCAUGACAAAACUAUGAGUGGACACUUAACAGGUCCCCAAGCAAGAACUAUUCUUAUGCAGUCAAGUUUACCACAGGCUCAGCUGGCUUCAAUAUGGAAUCUUUCUGACAUUGAUCAAGAUGGGAAGCUCACAGCGGAAGAAUUUAUCCUGGCUAUGCACUUAAUUGAUGUAGCUAUGUCUGGCCAACCGCUGCCACCUGUCCUGCCUCCAGAAUAUAUUCCACCUUCAUUUAGAAGAGUUCGAUCUGGCAGUGGCAUAUCUGUCAUAAGCUCAGCAUCUGUAGAUCAAAGGUUACCAGAGGAACCAGUUUUAGAAGAUGAACAGCAACAACUAGAAAAGAAAUUACCUGUAACAUUUGAAGAUAAGAAACGUGAGAAUUUUGAACGUGGUAAUCUGGAACUGGAAAAACGAAGGCAGGCUCUCUUAGAGCAGCAGCGCAAGGAGCAAGAGCGCUUGGCACAGCUGGAGCGGGCAGAGCAGGAAAGGAAAGAGCGGGAGCGCCAGGAACAAGAGCGUAAAAGACAACUGGAAUUGGAGAAGCAGCUGGAAAAGCAACGAGAGCUCGAACGUCAGAGGGAGGAGGAGAGGAGGAAAGAAAUUGAGAGACGGGAGGCUGCAAAACGAGAACUUGAAAGGCAACGACAACUUGAAUGGGAACGGAAUCGAAGGCAAGAACUACUAAAUCAAAGAAACAAAGAGCAAGAGGACAUAGUUGUCCUGAAGGCAAAGAAAAAGACUUUGGAAUUCGAAUUGGAAGCUCUAAAUGAUAAAAAGCAUCAACUAGAAGGAAAACUUCAAGAUAUCAGAUGUCGAUUGACUACCCAAAGGCAAGAAAUUGAGAGUACCAACAAGUCUAGAGAGCUGAGAAUUGCCGAAAUCACCCAUCUACAGCAACAGUUACAGGAGUCCCAGCAAAUGCUUGGAAGGCUUAUUCCAGAAAAACAGGUUCUCAAUGACCAAUUAAAACAAGUUCAGCAAAACAGUUUGCACAGAGAUUCGCUUCUUACACUCAAAAGAGCCUUAGAAGCAAAAGAACUAGCUCGGCAGCAGCUGCGAGACCAACUGGAUGAAGUUGAGAAAGAAACUAGAUCAAAAUUACAGGAGAUUGAUAUUUUCAAUAAUCAGCUGAAGGAACUAAGAGAAAUACAUAAUAAGCAGCAGCUCCAGAAACAAAAGUCCAUAGAGGCUGAACGACUGAAACAGAAAGAACAAGAGCGAAAGAUCAUAGAGUUAGAAAGACAAAAAGAGGAAGCCCAAAGGCGAGCUCAGGAAAGGGACAAGCAGUGGCUCGAGCAUGUGCAGCAGGAAGAUGAGCAUCUGCGGCCAAGAAAACUCCAUGAUGAAGAGAAACUAAAAAGGGAAGAGAGUAUCAAAAAGAAGGACAGCGAGGAAAAAAGCAAACAGGAAAUGCAAGAGAAGCUGAGUCGGCUUUUCCAUCAGCAUCACGAACCAGCAAAGCCAGCUGCCCAAGCACCCUGGUCCACCGCAGAAAAAGGCCCGCUCACAAUUUCUGCACAGGAGAAUGUUAAAGUGGUAUAUUACCGAGCAUUAUAUCCCUUUGAAUCCAGAAGUCAUGAUGAAAUCACUAUCCAGCCGGGAGAUAUAGUCAUGGUGGAUGAAAGCCAAACUGGAGAACCGGGAUGGCUUGGAGGAGAGUUAAAAGGAAAGACAGGAUGGUUCCCUGCAAACUAUGCAGAGAAAAUCCCAGAAAACGAGGUUCCCGCUCCUGCCAAACCUGGGACUGAUCCGACAUCUGCCCCUGCUCCCAAACUGGCUUUGCGUGCAGCCCCCACUCCUGUGGCAGUGACCCCUUCCGAGCCCUCCACGGCCCCCAGUAACUGGGCCGACUUCAGCUCCACGUGGCCCACCAGUACGAAUGAGAAGCCAGAGACUGACAACUGGGAUGCGUGGGCAGCCCAGCCUUCUCUCACUGUCCCCAGUGCUGGUCAGUUAAGGCAGAGAUCGGCCUUUACUCCAGCCACAGCCACUGGGUCCUCGCCAUCUCCCGUUUUAGGCCAGGGUGAAAAGGUGGAGGGGCUACAAGCGCAAGCCUUGUAUCCUUGGAGAGCCAAAAAAGACAACCAUUUAAAUUUUAACAAAAAUGACAUCAUCACCGUCCUGGAACAACAAGACAUGUGGUGGUUUGGAGAAGUUCAAGGUCAGAAGGGUUGGUUCCCCAAGUCUUACGUGAAACUCAUUUCAGGGCCCAUAAGGAAAUCUACAAGCAUGGAUUCGGGUUCUUCAGAAAGUCCUGCAAAUCUAAAGAGAGUAGCUUCCCCAGCAGCCAAGCCAGCCAUCUCAGGAGAAGAGUUUAUUGCCAUGUACACUUACGAGAGUUCUGAGCAAGGAGAUUUAACCUUUCAGCAAGGGGAAGUGAUUUUGGUUACCAAGAAAGAUGGUGACUGGUGGACAGGAACAGUGGGCGACAAAUCCGGAGUCUUCCCUUCUAACUAUGUGAGGCUUAAAGAUUCAGAGGGCUCUGGAACUGCUGGGAAAACAGGGAGUUUAGGAAAAAAACCUGAAAUUGCCCAGGUUAUUGCCUCAUACACUGCUACUGGUCCCGAGCAGCUUACCCUGGCCCCUGGUCAGCUGAUUCUGAUCCGGAAAAAGAACCCAGGUGGAUGGUGGGAAGGAGAGCUGCAAGCACGUGGAAAGAAGCGCCAGAUAGGCUGGUUCCCAGCUAAUUAUGUGAAACUUUUAAGCCCUGGGACAAGCAAAAUCACUCCAACAGAGCCACCUAAGUCUGCAGCAUUGCCUGCAGUGUGCCAGGUGAUCGGGAUGUAUGACUACACCGCGCAGAACGAUGACGAAUUGGCCUUCAACAAGGGCCAGAUCAUCAACGUCCUCAACAAGGAGGACCCUGACUGGUGGAAAGGAGAAGUCAAUGGACAAGUGGGGCUCUUCCCAUCCAACUAUGUGAAGCUGACCACAGACAUGGACCCCAGCCAGCAAUGGUGUUCAGACUUACAUCUCCUGGAUAUGUUGACCCCGACUGAAAGGAAGCGACAGGGAUACAUCCACGAACUCAUCGUCACGGAGGAGAACUAUGUCAAUGACCUGCAGCUGGUCACUGAGAUCUUUCAGAAACCCCUGAUGGAGUCUGAGCUGCUGACAGAAAAAGAGGUUGCUAUGAUUUUUGUUAACUGGAAGGAGCUGAUUAUGUGUAAUAUCAAACUACUGAAAGCACUGAGAGUCCGCAAGAAGAUGUCCGGGGAGAAGAUGCCCGUGAAGAUGAUUGGCGACAUCCUGACGGCCCAGCUGCCCCACAUGCAGCCCUACAUUCGCUUCUGCAGCUGCCAGCUCAACGGGGCGGCCCUCAUCCAGCAGAAGACGGAUGAGGCCCCGGACUUCAAGGAGUUUGUCAAAAGGCUGGCAAUGGACCCUCGAUGUAAAGGGAUGCCCCUCUCUAGUUUUAUACUGAAGCCGAUGCAACGGGUAACCAGAUACCCACUGAUCAUUAAAAAUAUACUGGAAAACACUCCUGAAAACCAUCCUGAUCACAGUCAUUUGAAACAUGCCUUAGAGAAAGCAGAAGAGUUGUGUUCCCAGGUGAACGAAGGGGUACGUGAGAAGGAGAACUCUGACCGGCUGGAGUGGAUCCAAGCCCACGUGCAGUGUGAAGGCCUGUCUGAGCAACUUGUGUUCAAUUCCGUGACCAAUUGCUUGGGGCCACGCAAGUUUCUGCACAGCGGGAAACUGUACAAAGCCAAGAGCAACAAGGAGCUGUAUGGCUUCCUCUUCAAUGACUUCCUCCUGCUGACCCAAAUCAUAAAACCCUUGGGGUCUUCUGGCACCGACAAAGUCUUCAGCCCUAAAUCUAACCUGCAGUAUAAAAUGUACAAAACUCCCAUUUUCCUAAAUGAGGUUCUAGUAAAAUUACCCACUGACCCUUCUGGAGAUGAACCCAUCUUCCACAUUUCCCACAUCGACAGAGUCUACACCCUCCGUGCAGAAAGCAUAAAUGAAAGGACUGCCUGGGUGCAGAAAAUCAAAGCUGCUUCUGAACUCUACAUAGAGACCGAGAAGAAGAAGCGAGAGAAGGCCUACCUCGUCCGUUCCCAGAGGGCGACAGGGAUCGGCAGGUUGAUGGUGAACGUCGUGGAAGGCAUUGAGCUGAAGCCGUGUCGGUCGCACGGAAAGAGCAACCCGUACUGUGAGGUGACCAUGGGAUCCCAGUGCCACAUCACCAAGACCAUCCAGGACACGCUGAACCCCAAGUGGAAUUCCAACUGCCAGUUCUUCAUCAGGGACCUGGAGCAGGAAGUCCUCUGUAUCACCGUGUUUGAGAGGGACCAGUUUUCUCCCGAUGAUUUUCUGGGUCGGACAGAGAUCCGCGUGGCUGACAUCAAGAAAGAUCAGGGUUCCAAAGGGCCCGUGACAAAGUGUCUCCUGCUCCACGAAGUUCCAACAGGGGAGAUUGUGGUCCGCUUGGAUCUGCAAUUGUUUGAUGAACCAUAAAGGGGUGCAGCCCAGGGCAGGCUUGGCAGAGUUCGAACCCCAGGGCAGCAGAUGCAGUCUGCAAAUUGUAUUCCUUUUUCUAGGAAACUGCUGGUUGGUGUUCAGCCACAGGGCAAUGGAACAGUGAAAACAGCUUCUAGGAAUAGUUCUUGACAAUCCUUCCCCUGAAACAAUUCCCUAUUUUAUGAAACAAAACUGUGUUUUCCUUUGUCAGGGUCUUCUAGGAUCUCUGAAAUCCUACAGCCCCUAACUAGGUUUGGUUGGGGUCUGACCCAUCCCCAGGCUUGAGGCAUCAGUCUGGUUAAAAUAGGAUUUAUAAAUGCAAUGUCUGUAUUUUUGGAGAACUCAUGUAACCCUAUUUCUUACCUCCACCAGCCCCCAGGUAGGUUCCUUAACCUACGAUGACUAGUCCUUGGUGUUUAGAAACAAAUUACGAUGGUGAUGUCAUUGCUUUAGAAUCCCAUUCCUCACAGAAAGGCUCUGUGGGGUCUUAUCUGAAAUGCUGCCAUGGAUUUGAUGGCUUGGUGUGAUGGUCUCUGGCCAGGCCUCAGGUUAGCUCUUUGAAGAACUGGUCAUGGAGAAAUCCAGCAGGUUGCUAUUAGAGCCAUUCCAUUCCCCUGUAGACCUUGUUUCAGUAGAUGUCAGGGAAAACAUAUCGGCACAGUGUAUUGGGAGGUUCCAUUCUGACUCCCAGCAUGCUUGGGAGAUGGUUGAGGAAGCUGGUUAUCUACAGAGUGAUGCUCUGCUGUGGGUCACCGGAAAAGCAACUUUCGGGCAUUGUUGGGUCCUGGGUGCCAACCAUGUUGGAAAAUUCUCUUUUGGCUUGGAGCCCCUGUGACAUUCCAUGACAAGAGUAAUUGCUGGUGACCAUCUGUGAGCCUAUUCUGUACUUGAAUGUAACAGAUCCCAAAUGCUGUGAGGAAUUUCAGUAGCUGUUUGGUUUACUUCCAGAAAGGCAUGCCUUGGAUCCAGGUUUCUUCCCCAAAGUGUGAAAAGGAAAAAAUGACUAGGAACACAAUCUGGAGUUGGGGUGGAAAGACAUGAAGGAAGUCCUUUAUGUGGUGGGGAAAGAUCUUGGGAGCAGGCAAGCCCCAAGAGCCUGGAGGAAGAUCUGAGGCUCUCUCCCCUGCUCCCCGAUACAUACACCACGCUCUCAGUAAUGGAAGCACGUGUGCUUGUUACCAGAGCCAGGAGGCACAACCACGUGCCAAGCUGUUCAGUUUGAAAUCUUUGACUUUUUCCCCUUUAAAUGCUGGGAGACAAGAUAAUCAAUCACUUGAUUUGCUAAUGGAAAAAUGUGUAUUUUGUUUGCAUGUUAUUCUCAUAAUUCCAGUUUGUUGGGGUCACAAACUGUCCUUUGCAUGUCCUCUUGGUAUUGGAGUCUAACUUUCCUGCGUUAGAUGGUGUUCUAUUUCACUGUGGGUCCUUAGACUUUAAUUAGGGUUGUAGAAGCACUUUAUAAAGGAUAGUGUCAGCAUAAGUAGCCGAGUACCCGCCUUGCCGGGAACUGAACGCGUAGUGUUACAAUUUCCCAUUAGAGCCCUGUCAUCGUUCGAGCAAUUUUUUAAAAAGCUUAUGUUGGAAAGGACAACAAAAGUUUACAUUUCAUACUUUUAGGAAACACUUUAUUAUUUAUUUAUUGAAUAUAGUGUAGAAUUUUGUAUUAAGAACAACAGACGUACGUAUUUUUCAAAACAAGCAGAUACACCCUCUAGUUAGUAACUUUCAACUAAACAUGUUAUAGACCAAGUUCAACUUCAGGCAUGCAUUUGUUCACCACUUCCCAGAGGAAGACAUGGUUAAAGUACCUUAGGUUUAUAUUUUUGAUGUUGUUGAGAAACUGUUUUAAAUUCAAUCUAUAAACAGACAUACAACUCAUGCUUUCCUAUUUCUAUAACCAAUACAGAUUUUCAGGGUAUUUAUGAAGGACAUGCUACUGUGGUAGGAAAAAAAAGUAUUAAGUGUGCAAAUAGGGUAGUAUUGCAUCACCAUUCCUAUCCUUUUUUUCUGUGUUCCUUUUUCUUCUUUGCCUUUAUUUGCGUGUGAACGUUGGACAUCACUGUUCAUGUCAGCAGGGUGUGGUUUGCAUGAUGAAAAACAUCUAGUGACCCUUUUAGGUCCACCAGAUCACAUGCUUAUAGAAUCCCAUUAUCAGAAUUAAUGUAGCACAAAUAAGCAAUACGCUGUUCUUCUCCCACUCCACCUCCCCAGUGUAGCGAAUGCUGGAUUAGUGUCACGGUCCAUAGUGGUGAAAUUUUUAAUGGGACUGACUGAUCACACUCGACCCUCAGAUAUAGCUGUGACUCAUGAGUUGUGUGGAGGCGUUGGAGGAACGUAGGAGUCUCAAACCCUUUGAUCUUGAUUCCUUCACUUUUCUUUGGCAUUUUUGACCAUCUGGGCCAAGCUUUGUAGAGAUAAAGUGUCCCUUGCCAGUGAUCUAUCUCCCAGCUCUGUCUUUUCUAGAUACAAGGUUUCUCUAAGGCCCCUGCAUCUGAGCCUUCUAAUCAUAGCCCUCUCGACACUCCUUCGAGCCACACUUGAAGCUCCUCUCACACGCUCGGACCUCCUUGAGCUCAGGAAGGGGCUUUCCUGCCCACACGACUCUGCUCUGACCGUCUGUCAGCCCUGAGAAUUCUCCUGGGACCUCUUGGGCAGGAAACCUUGGACGAGGCCUUCCUUGUAGACCAGCUUUCCCGAAGGGACAACCCACAGCCUGCUGCCCUUGGGAAAUGCCCCUCUGGCUGAUGUGUGCCCCGUAGCAGGUGGACGGCAUCUUCUCUUGGAACCAGGCCUACCGUGACCAUGAAGACCUGUAGAGGGUGUUCCAGUCACGUCUGGGGCUGGCUGACCCAGGAAAGGGACCCUACUGGGCUGGGGUCCCAGGGAGGCCUGAGAACAUAGGGCCAGACCCCCUUGUUUGACUACUUCGAUAAUUUGUCCUGGUCCUCUGCUGGCAGAGGAGAAAGCUCUGCCCUCAGAGAACAUUAAUGUUGCCUUUUGACAAUCUAAAGCAUGACUUAAGUAUACUAAAGUAACUGGUUUCAUCUGGUUGAGUAGCUUUGAAUUUAAUUGGGAAAAAAAAUUCCACUAGAAAUUGGGGACAUUGACCACUUACAUUAUGCUUUGUUUCAGUGAUCUGGGACCAAAGCCCCAUGCAUCCUCCAGGUGUGGGAUGGGGGCCAGGGGAAUUAGGCGCUGGUGCCACGAGGAAAAGAUGAGUGCUUGGGUGCCUUCCAAGGCGGGGUGGGGUGGGGAGCCUCUCCAGGAGCUGGCUGGGUCAAGUGCAAAUCCACUGACCUUAUUGAGGGGUUACGCUCUGGAAUCUGACAUGGCUGCAGAUCAAGAGGGAAUGGAGUGGGCGCCUCCAGUUUUGUUUAAAAGGUGGAGAUCCUGGAAGGCACUUUAGAGAUUGCCGAUAACUUCUUUGAAGAGAAGAAACUUUUCUUUCUACUCCAAGUAGUUUUCUCUAAUUAGUUGGACCUUCUUUGAUUCAUAAGAAUGAAUUUUGUAUUUUUUGGAUGUAAUAACUUCAGGAAUUUCCAUUGGAAACAGCAAGAAGGUCUUCAUUUUAUUUUAUUUUAGACUCCUCUGCUCUCUGGGUUUGGAGAUGAGCCUUAGUGCAGACACUUGUGCUUUUAAGCGGACACCUGGCAUGACUCGAGAUGCAGCAGGGUCGUUUCAGGCUCGAGAUCAGUGUGAGCUUAGCAGCGGGUCUACCUAACCCAGUUACACUUGGUUUACAAGCUUAGAGCAUCCUGUGCCCCAAAGUAAGGAGACAGAAGCAAAGGAACCUGGAUGUUUUUAUUUCGCCUUUAGGUAUCAAGUCUUUAGUUCAUACCAGGUAAAAGCAUAAUCGGGGGCUCCAGAGCCCGGUGACGCGGUGAAGCCCUCAGAACCUGCUGUCUGAGCCACCCUAAGAGGAGCGUGGUAGAACUAUGUCCCUGGGAUGCUGAAAUGCCCUCACUGCCUGGGCUGGCCCAGGCCUGCCACCAGGACUCCCCCGGCAGUGACUAACUCACCUUUUUGGGGCCACUUAGUAAGUAUUACAUAAGCAUAGUUACGAUGUUUCGUCUCCUCCUUUUUCUUGGAGUCACCCAAUGGGACCAGAUUCUUGUUCCUCUAUGUUCCUGAUUCCUUCCUUCCAAGGGAGCUGCAGACAGAUCCCUUUCCGGGACGCCUGGGGUCGGGCGAGUGUGGAUUGGCAGUCCUGUGAUAUGAAAAUCUCAGGGACGGAAACAGACCCCCCUACACAAGGCAGGUCCCUCCCCAGAGCAGCCCUGGCCUGCCCCGGACCCUGAGUCCAUCCAUCAGCCACCCCCACACACGCACGCCGCACGCUUCCUUUCAGGGAGGCCCAGAGCUGGAUAAAACGGGGGCAUUUUUUUUUUUUUUUCAACUACAUGGUAAUUGCCUACCUGCCCUGGGCCACCUUCUAGAGGAAGGCACAGGCCUGUAAUCGUCCGACAGGCCUCACUCACAGGUAAAGCCGGAUAAGAAAGAGCAGGGAGGAAGACUGAACGUGAAAAGAAAACCAACCAGGCCAUUGACUGGCCGCUCCUUCUGGCUGCAGGCUUGGGAAGGAGCUGCCUGGGGGGUCUGGGAGCCCACCGCCUAUGACGUGGUCCUCUCAGGGGGCUCCACAGAUCAGACCACUCUCGGGAGAACAGCCCUAGACCCACUUACCACCCCUGCCACCCCCAAGUAUCAGCCAGCUCAGCCCUGUCUGAUGAAGACAAGCUUCUGUCCCUUCUCUCUUUGUCACUGUGGCUUGUCCUUUCAGUGCAGUAGUCCCUAGAAAUAGGAUUGACCUUCUAGGGUGAGUAUUUUCCAUUUUCCAUGAGUGCUUGGGUAUUUAGAUUCUAUUUUGAAUGGUUCUGAUGAAUAUCCGUCUGUGAGGGGUUAUUCAAAGAAAUAAUGAAAACCUCUUAUCGAUUGCCUAUGUGGUGUUACUGGGAGGAAGUAACUGGCCAGUCUUCUUCUUUCUGAGUAAGACUCCUGCUCCUUUGUACUUGGAAAGUGGCUGUUGAUUUGACUUAGAGGAAAGAAAAGUUCUAGAACUCCCAUUUCCUCCACCUGUGUUGUAUGGGGUCCAAGAUAUGUUUGUAGGUCACAAGGCUCAACUAAGGUACGUAACCUUAUAUCGUUGGGCACCAGAAAAGAGUCUACUCCUGAUAAGCAUGGAAAACUCGCUCCAUGGGAAGGGGAGAAAACACGUAACAGCUCUCUAUCUUGAUACCAGAUCCCAGCACGCUGGAGUGUCACUACUAGUGCAUGUGUCAUUUGGGGAGUCCCCAGCCUGGGCCAGGCCACUUUCGGGGGCUGGGAGGCUGCAAGGAGAGGGUGCCUCCACCACUUUCACAGCCUAAUUUUAUAUAUAAUGUGAAGUCAUUUAAAUAACACCAGAAGCUUGUAAAAAUUCAUCUUUACCUCCAAACAGUGAUUUCACCUCCAUGCCCUCCCAAUCGGUUCCUCCAUUGCAAGGAACCCCUCUUCACUCUGGCCCCGGGGAACCAGGUAACAUCCACACAAUAGAGUAAUUUUUCCACACUAUGUGUAGUUAUCAUAUUUCAGGGUAUUUUUGCCCCUACUGUAUGCCAGGGUGUGUUGUGAGUUGCGUUUUAAUAGGAUUCUGUUCUAUUUUCUAUACCAACCUAUAUUGUUAAUAUCACAGGAAUAUAGUGACUAUUGUAGUCUUUAUCUCCAAGCCCACAAACUCUGUUUGGAAGUGGGCUUAUUUUUUCAGCCUUGAAAGAAGUCAGCGUUUCUCUUAUAUUUACUGAAAAUUAACCAGUAACCAGGGUUUCUUUUUAUGCAGUGGUAGGAAUGCCUAUUUUUCUUCUAAGAACCCUGAUUUUGAACAUCUGUCCUUUGAAAGAAUAGCAUCCUUGUGUGCUGUUUCUAAAACCAGGUUCCUUUGCAUUUCUCUUCUUAUUCUCAAUUCCUUGUUCCCUCCUGUUUCUGAGGGUCGUUCAGGAACCAAAGAGUAUGUGGUGGCUUUUGCAGCCUGACGCUGAAUCCCCGGGAGCCGCCACUCUACCCACCGUCACCGCCUGGGGGCACCCGCGCCCCCCGUUAGAAACUUGCUGGUCCAACUGGCGGAUCCCAAGGUGCUGGCGCCACUUGCUGCAGCGCCGGGACAUUGCACUUGUGUAAAUCACAGCCCGAACUUGCUGAGGGUCCGAGUAGGUUGGAGGGGAAGGCAGGACAUCCGUGACCCAGCUGGACGGACCGGGAACACCCGUCCAGGCGAGCAGGAGACUGAUGGCCAGAGAGGGCAGGAAGUCAGCAGGGGCUGUGGGACUCGAACCCAGGAUCCUUUGGGCUAGCUAGAGAGUCUUUGUCUUUCUGUGCUGGGGUGGGGCGAAGGUCCUUAGCUCUCCCGCCAUUUCCACAUCUGCUUUACUGGGAGCCUCUAGGAUCCAGCCCUCCACGCCCCUCUCAUUUAAGUUGGAGGUGCCCCUGGCUGCUGGACGCCCCCGUCCCCAACAAGUGUCUUAUAAGUCGGGUCCACUCUACUUGGCUUGGGUAACAGGGCUUCUGCGAGAAGGCUUGACUUCAAGAAUUUCAGACAUAUUAAAGAACUGUCAGUGGGAGGCGAGGCUCGCAGGGUGCGUUUUGUGUGUGUGAGCCGGGGUGCAGGGAAUGAAUGAAAUGAAUGAAAAUAUGUAUUCAAAGGAAACAAGUCCAUGCGACCGUCCCAGAGCCACACACAAGACCAGCCGCAGGUCAGUGUAUUUUUAGUUGCCCUUUUGGUUCAUUUUUGUCUUCUUGCCAGAGGGCUGAGCUGGACUACUUCUCAAAGGGUCUGCUUUGAUUUCGUAAAGACACAAACGGACUGACUAGAGUCAGGAUAUGCAACCCAGCGCCUGGUUGACGGAUGUGGUCCUUUGUAAUCCAUUGGGAGCUUCUCUCCCCUUUCCUGGUAGGACAGAGAGAAUUUCCCAGCCUCUGUCUUCAAGGUGUCCACACGGGAGACAGUGGAGGAGUGGGGAGGGUCCGAGAAGAGUUCAGCUCCCCUGCACUCGUGGCUGGAGGCUUGUUCCUGCUGAGUUGAGUGGUCCCCUGGGGGUCUGGGAGGGAGCCUGCUUCUCAGGGGCAGCGACUUUCCAGCCGGACCCUGUCCACGGGAUCCCACCUCUGCUACUAAGCGGGGUGAUGCUGGGAGAGAAGAAAGCAAGCCACGGUGUGAGUAGCCUCCAUUCUAGAAGUCCAGGGCUCCCAGAGGUGGUGGGCUAUGGAAUUUAUCCUCCUGCCAUAUGCUUUUUCUUGCUUUCUUUCCUAAGCUUUUAUGUCCACUGGUCUGGCUGCUCCAAAACCUUGGCAAUUCUGCUUCCAUUUUGCACAUCGGUCCCAAUGCAACACACAGAGAGCAAGCACCUGUUUCCUGAUUCUGUCUGGGAUUAUAAUGUUUGCUGAGUAAAAAUGUUGACAAGAGGUAGAGCAGAAUUUGCAAAUCCAUCUCACUUGGACUUGGUUGAGUCCUUGUGAAUGAAAUAGCAAACUUUAGAGUUGAUUCUACCUGCAAGGCAAUUUUCCAAACUACUGGAAGGUCAGAAAGUGAUUUCUAGGGACAUUUAAUUAAUAUUGUGUCAGCAUUGGUUUCAAUGAAUGAACGUUUUAAUGCACAUUUUACAAAUCAACAUCUUUAAAACAUUACUUUCUAAAUAUUCAGUGUCAGAAAGUAGGUAUUCUAGCAAGAUCGUUGUUAACAAUAUUUAUGUUUAAACAUGCAUUUCAAACACAUUGUCAGCAGCCCAAGCAUCUCUGAACUGUGAAGCCAACUUCACAUCUGCACCCUCUCCUCCCUUCUCUUCUUCCCCUUUUGUAGCUCUGCAAAGGUAGAGAAGUUUGCAAUCCCCUGUCUCACUCAUGCUGUAUUGCCUUAGCUCAGUUAGCUUUGUACCCUCACAUGUAUAGAUGGUCAACGUAUGUGUACUUACCUGUGUACAGGUGAGAAAUCUGCAACUGAAAGGUCUUGUGUGUGGUAAGCAGCUCACAGCGUCUGGCUUUCUGCACUUUAUGUGGUUUCCAGCAAAGAAAAAUGCAGAAUUCCACUACAUGACAUGAGUCGUGCCCUUUGAAUGGUUUGUCAUGAAAUAUCUGCUGUACAUUUAUGGGACUGUCCAUGACUCAAUGUAUAUAUGGUAUGUAAGGGGCAGUGCUGUUCAACAUUGCAAAAACUAAUACACAUUCCAUCGUCAAAAUAUUUAACUUGUUAUUGUAAAAUGUGAACUGUUGCUGAGAGACUAUUUUUCUGUAUGCAUAUGAGAGUAUUUUAGGAAUCUAAUUUAAGUGCAUAAAAGUAUAGAGAGAAAAUUUAAAAAUCUAUUCUGGGAGUAGAAAAUGCUCAGAUUACCUGGUAAGGGUUUUGACCCAACUAAAGUUCUUUUAUUCAAAAAACAAGAAUUCCAAGUUCCAUAUGUUAGAAAUGCAAAGACGUCAUUUUUUUCUGCAGGUAAUAUGAUGUGUUUAGGUGAAAUGGCGGGCGCUGUGAUAAACUCGAGCCCUGACCUCAGAUGAGACCUCGGGGUAGCGUUCAAGACUGAUUUAAACAGAUCAGAAAUUCUGGAGGGCAGUUGUGUCAGGAAGGAUGAGAGAAUUGAAGAGCAUGCAUUCCAUCAGAUCCGUGUGCCACAGCAGCUCCUGGGGUUCUAGCGGAUUCGUCUGGAAUCUGGGCUGACCCAGCUGUCACACCAGAGCUCAGAAGAAGGGACAGAGGCCACCCCUGGCCUCUGGCUCACACUUUGCUGGUCUCUUCCUGGAUAGAUUCAGUGUAUCCCUCGUCGAGUUUGCAUUUUCGCUCCUCCUGGGGCAUGUUCACCAUCUUCACCUGUUGCCCAGCUUGGCAGGUGGAAGGAUGAAAUUUGGGGUUUUGGGGUUAAGCAGUCUGUGGGGAGGCCAAACGGGCAGCACAGAGCAGCCUCCUUGGAGGGCCGUCUCCUCUUGGAGACCCCAGGGACAAGAGGCCUUCCUCCCUCCCCUUCCCCUUUCCAGAAAACUGUCAUUAGUCCAGGCAGCUUCUGGGGCACCGAGCUUCUAGACAUGGUCACCAGGAACGUCACAGCAGACCAUCCAGAGAGAGAGUGAGUGAAAAAUCUGGCAAACCUGUCCAUCCAGAAGUGAUUUCAGCAGGUGGCAAGCCCGGGAGUCCAGCCUCCUUUAGCUAGAGAUGAUACAUGGAUGAAAAUAGCCAGUUUCCGGUGAGAUGGGGGCAUUGCCUGCUGUUUACUGUCUGUGGAACGUCUAGGGCUGAUGGCUUGAGAGGACACGCUGUGUGCUUCGUGACACUGCCGACCAAUAGUCAAACCUUUUUGAUAGGCCUGGGAUUGGUGCACGCUAGAGUCAAGUGUCUUCUGGAUUUCAGGCAUGGUGGGCAGCUGUGAUUUCCAGAAGCUUCCGGGAAUCUGUUGAGGCAUCUGAAUAAUCUGCAAAUCACCCCGAGGGGCUAUUUAUGUGGUCCCUAACUGACUUUAUUCCCAAAGCCAAAGCAGUUUAGUGAUCUCUCCAUCCAGGUGUGGACUGGAAAGACCGUCAGGCCAGUGAGCAGAGCUAGUCAAGCUUUGGUCCACCUGGAACAGGGCCUGACCUGUCUCCCUUAGAAUGAUGCCCUUUUCACUGGGAUAGUGGUAGAGCUGUGAGUGGGAACAAGUCAGCCAGUCACCUGCCCCCUAGGCCCUGGGUGAUCCUGCAGAUCUGGGGACAAGAAAGGCCCAAACGUGGGGCUCCUACCCACCAGCGCUUGCAAAUCAUCCCAUUUAGCUUCACCUGUUUGGAAAAGAAUGUAACUAAACCCUUCUAUUUUCAGUGACAAACUGGUCGCAGUGCUGGUGGCACCCAGGGGUCGGACAAGACUCCCCUCGAUGGCUUUCCUGUUGAUUGUAAAAUACUUCUGUUGCCAAAUAAUGGUUCUGUUUAAUUUUCCAUAAAAGGGAGAUUGUAUCACCUGGUAUGUAAUGUUAAGGGAGUUCUAAAAAUUCCUAGAUAAUAUUAUAAAUUGUAGAACUAUGUAUUUGUCUAAGGUUUGAUGAAACAGGGCCCAAACAUUAGGUUUCUCUUUUUUAAAAGACACUAAGGUUAGUUUUGCUGUUUGAGUGUUCCUUCAGCGCCUUAUUAUGUGUGAAAUGUUGAAUUUUACCAAAUCAGUUUAUCGUAACUGAGUUUUUUUUAAGUCAUUAGCAAAAUCAGUACCAAUUGCUAUUCCUGUGUAUCUUCCACAUAAAAAGAACAAUCUCCUCAACACGACUCUUUGGUCAUUUUGACCUGUACGGUUGAAAUUCACAUAGUUCAUGAAUAAAAUGGGAAAAGGCAAA